UAAAUAUGGAUAAAUUAAAUUAUUCUAAAACGUUAUUUUUAUCUACAGUACUAUUCAGAAUCGUUAUUAAUUAUAAAUUUAAAAAUACCACUAAUAAUCUCAAUACGUUGAGAUAAAAUUCAAUAAAAUAUCUCUGUGUAGUUUUCAAUAAUUAUUAAACAAAAAUUAAGAUGUCAAAAUUAAACAUUAGACAUGUAAGUGGGGACACUUACAGUUAACUGUUUAAUAAUAGUCAUGCGGAAGAUACAGUUUCUACUGCAUAUCUAUUUAUUAUUGUGUUCAUCUACAAGUUCUCAUACUGAAGUUACUCAAGCUGCUAAGAAAAUCAUAGACAAUCGUGAGGCAACAUUUAAAAAGUCAUCGUCAACUGACUCACCGAUGUUAAAUUAUAUAUUUGAUUCACACAAUGCUUUAAAUCACCAUCAACAUUAUCACAAUAAUAACUGGGGACCACAUUUUGAGGGAUCAAGUCAAAAUAUUACAGCACAAGCUGGUACCAAUGUUACUCUUGAUUGCAAAAUAUCUAUGCUUCACGAUAAAGUCGUAUCUUGGGUUCGUCGACAGAAAGAUGGAGAACAGAUGACAUUAUUGACGGUUGGCAGUGUUACAUACACCGGUGAUUCUCGGUACAAUAUUAAAUUCCAAUACCCAGACAAUUGGCGUCUGCAAAUUGUUUCUGUGAAUAGCAGUGACGAAGGCCAAUAUGAUUGUCAAAUUACAACUCAUCCGCCAAAAUGCAUUCAUAUAAACUUGCACAUUAAUGCUCCAUCCGUACAAAUAGUAGACACUUUGGGGAAACAAAUAAGAGACAAAUAUUAUGAAGCAGACAGCACAAUAGAACUUUUAUGCCUUGUAAGGCAUGUAGCUAUGCAAGUGCAGUAUAGCGUUGUACAAUGGCUUCAUGGGAAUAAAAUUUUAAACUAUGAUACAACAAGAGGUGGCAUUAGUGUCAAGACGAAUUUAAUGGAGGAAGGAGCUAAUUCUACUCUUAGUAUAGCCAGAGCAUCUCCCUCAGACAGUGGAAAUUACACAUGUUUUCUCACUAUUAUGCCUGAGAAACCUGCAGUAGUACAUAUUCAUGUUCUUAAUGAAAGCCUAGCAGAGCUCCAAUUUAACAAAGGAAGCAGUCGAACAAAGUUCACCAGUAGGGUUGCAAUUUUCAGCUCAAUUGUUGCCUGCUUUGCGCUGAGAUAAAAACUUAGUGAAAUAAAAGAACAUUUAUGUUCAAAUAUAACCAAAAAUUUAAUGAAAAUGUAAGAUAUUAACUUUAUAAAAGAUAUAUUUAAAAUGACUUUUAAGGUUAUACAGACACAAGGAAAGGCAAACAUAAUAACGGUACGUUAUCGAUGAAAAUUGUGAGGCCUCUAAAAAAAACUAUACAGACAUAUUUUUUCUUUAAAAUUGUGAUAAAACAGACGAAAAAUUAUCUAUGGAAAUAAAAAAAUCGUAUUAUAUUUAUAGUCUAAUUAAAAUAAUAACAAUUAUUUUUUUUACAAAUAUGUUAGAGCAAGUACAACGCUAUUAUGUUAUUUUUGUAUUCACAGAUAACACUUAAGUUUGCGGAAAGCAAAUUAAGAAAAAUUACUAAACUUUUGCAGCAGACUACGAAAAUAAUUUUCUACUUUUUAAAACAACAUUAAUGUUUGAAUUUAAAAGGGAGAAAACUAUUUUCUCAUAGACAUUUGUCCAUCGUACUAGUUCGGUUAGCAUUCUCAACUUGUGUGUGAAACUCGGGUUCAAAUCCCAAUGAUUUUUUUCGUAUAAUAUUAAUUUAACUUAAAAAAUAUUAAAUAAAAUAAAUAAAAAAUAUAUUAAAUAUUAAUAAAAAAAGAUUUUUUCUUUUCGUGAAACGAAUCAAGUCGAAAUGUUAGAUUAUCACAAGAUUUUGAGAAGCUUGUUUCAAGCUAGCAUUAAUGUUUCAUUGCAAAUUUUUAGAAUCUUGUCAUUUUGCAACUUACAGUAAAUUUGCAACAAGGUUUCUGCUAAAGCUUGGAAAUCGUUCAUGGUAAGCUUGUCUCAAAUUUAUGUGUUAUCUAGGUUUCCUAAUUUUCAAACUUUAUAUAUAUUUUAGAAGAAAGUAAACCAUAAAACCCUAAAAUAGUUACACUAUAGAAAUCAUAAGUUAUGAACUAUUAUAUUUUUAAUUAUUGAUGAAAUAAAAGCAGCAUUGCGCCUGGAAUAUUUUGUAAAUUUUAACUAUGAAAUUUUUAAUAAGCGUUUGUAUAUAUACGUAAGUUUUGAGAUAAAUAGAAAGUCAAUAUAAAAAAAACUUGAUAUUCCAAUUUAAUUCAAGAGGUUUAACAAUUCUUGUCGGUGAUUUACAAGAAAGCAGAUUAAGAGUAAAAUAUGUAUACUUUAUUAAAAAAUCAACUAUAAAAAGAAAGUUUAACUACUAAAAGCAGUGGAAACAUUUGUUAGUUUCCACUUUUCAUUAAUAAUAAUAAUUAGAAUAGAAGAAAUAAAGAUUUUUCACUUUUAUGAAAAUUACAAAUUUUUUAUAUGACUUAUAUAAGAUAAAUACAUAUAUUCAAUUUUGGACAUGCUACCUCUUAUGUAUAACUUGUUAGCUUUAUAAUUAUAGCAAUAAACAACAAACGUUA